AUGGGUGUGGAGCUCAACGUUCGAUGGAAGCUGACACCUCUUGACUACGGUCUAGUGCUACUGCAGGCGCUUGCAGUGGAAUCCAAGGCGCCCACUGAUGUCGCUCACGAAUCCCACCAGCAUUCAAACCAGUCUCCAGGUGGGCCAGAAGGUUCUGGCGCUAGACCUGGAAGCCAACACGUUGAUACCGCCCUGAAAAUUCUCCGUAACUCAAAAAUCCCGACCGUCACGUCCGAGAAACCGUCCGGCAUAUUGGGAAACACAUUACAUUACUUUAGAGAGGCUUUCCGCGUCCUGUUCCUGAAUGGCCCGCCGUCAGAUAAUGCUGAGCGCCAGAAGAUCCACCCAAAUGUCGCCAAGGCGGUUGAUGAACUCAAGAUCGCUGCGCAAAAAGAUCAGAACCCCGAUGCGAUGUUCCUGUUAGCGGAGUUGAAUUUCUACGGCAAUUACACGCAUCCCCGAGACUUCAAACAAGCGUUCCAGUGGUAUCAGAGUCUUGCUUCGGCGACUGGGAACAGUACGGCACAGUAUAUGGUGGGCUUUAUGUAUGCGACAGGUAUUGGAGGUGGAGUUGAGCGAGACCAGGCGAAGGCGCUAUUAUACCAUACUUUCGCCGCGGAAGGGGGAAACACGAGGUCGGAGAUGACUCUUGCAUAUCGAAAUCAUGCUGGCAUUGGGAUGCCCAGAAAUUGCGACCAUGCAACGUAUUACUAUAAGAAGGUUGCAGACAAGGCUAUUCAGUACUUCCGAUCCGGACCACCUGGGGGCCAUAGUAUGAUCCGGGAAUCAUACCGUUGGGCUGACGAGGAGGGCGGCGUAUAUGGCGAAGGCGCUAGUGUAUCUAGCUCGGGACCAAACGUCAUGCGUGAUGCAGCACAUUCAAGCUCCGAAGCCAGCUUGGAAGAUGUCCUAGAGUAUUUGGACCUUAUGUCGAGAAAAGGUGAACUAAAGGCUACCUUCAGUUUAGGAAAGAUGCAUUACGAAGGGUCGCGAGGUCUGCCGAGGAAUCUUCGAAAGGCCAUGAAGUAUUUCAAACAGAUCACAAAGCGCUAUUGGAAUAAGGAUGGUUCUGUGAACCCAAACCAUCCGCUUGGAAUUGAGAAACUAGCAUCGAAAGCAGCGGGCCAUAUAGGGCUGAUGUAUCUCCGUGGUGAAGGUGUAGAGCAAAAUUUUGCCACUGCUCUCACUUGGUUCAGGCGUGGAGUGACAAAUGGGGAUUCGCUCUGUCAACAUCAGAUGGGACUGAUGUAUCUUCACGGAUAUGGCGUGCAGCAGGACGCUUUCAGGGCUGCAUCGUUUUUCAAGUCGGCAUCUGAACAAGAUUUCCCCGCCGCAGAAACAAGACUGGGUGCUUUGUUUUUGGACCAAGGAGAUGUCCCAACGGCUACCCGAUAUUUUGAGCUAGCUGCCCGCUGGGGCUGGAUGGAAGCCUUCUAUUACCUGGCAGAAUUGUCCAAUAAUGGUAUUGGUAGGGAACGGCAUUGUGGAAUGGCUGCAUCAUACUAUAAAAUGGUUGCAGAGCGAGCCGAGGUGAUACAUUCAUCAUUCGAUGAGGCGAACACCGCAUAUGAGAAUGGUGACAAAGAAAGGGCCCUCGUUGCAGCCAUGAUGGCCGCGGAGCAAGGUUACGAGCACGCGCAAUCUAACGUGGCAUUCUUGCUCGAUGAGCAGCGCUCUUUGAUGUCCUUUGAUCGCAUCCUACCGGGUGCUAAGAAACCUCGACCGUCUCUACUUCGGAAUGCUGCGUUGGCCCUUAUCUAUUGGACACGUUCCGCCAAACAGACCAACAUCGAUUCAUUAGUUAAGAUGGGUGACUAUUACCUGGGCGGUAUUGGUAUUGCUGCAGAUGCCGAGAAAGCCUCCAGUUGCUAUCAUAGUGCCGCUGAAGUCCAUUAUAGUGCACAGGCGUAUUGGAACCUUGGAUGGAUGCAUGAGAAUGGCAUCGCCGUGGAACAAGAUUUUCACAUGGCCAAACGAUACUAUGAUUUAGCACUUGAGACGAGUACCGAGGCCUAUCUACCCGUAAAAUUGAGCCUCCUGAAGCUUCGUUUACGGAGCUACUGGAACCGGAUCACCAACGGCAAGAUCAACUCUAUUCAAGACGAAGAAGUUGUCAAAAGACGGUUCAAUAUUGGUGGGUCAAGCCGCCCACUCCGUCCUCUCUUUAACUUGUAUGAAAGCCGCUUCUCUGAAUACCCACAAACACUGAUACGAUGUAAUCACUUCAAAAAGCGCCGUCGCGUUGAAAGUGCGGCUUCGGCGCUUUCCAAACCUUUCAAGUCUCCUCUCCGCCGACCACCUCAAGUCUCGGAGACCAAGCACGAGGCAUUAUCCAAGGAAGAGAAAAAUGUUGCGCCGAGGCCUUCUCUCAAGCAUAAUAAUGCUGACAUCAAUGACGCGCGCACUCUACCUGUGAUCUCAUCUUCCCCGUCGUCUGCUCAUGCCUUAGCUUACACAAUACCUACUUCUCCCUCGAGCUUGGAGUCUCGCAAAAGAAAAGCUCAGAUAAACCAUCUGACUGCAUCUAAGAAGCCGGUGUUCUCUGACCCAGUCAUUCUUGAUCUUCAGAAGCAAGAAAGGGCGCUGCAGUCACGACUUGCUAUCCUGCGAUCUGAACUUGAUACUGCGCAACAAGCUCUUCAGCUCGAGUCCUCAAGCAAAGAUGCAGACCUCCAAUCGCUGAUUACGAAGUGGAAAUCUGUUAGUCAGAGCGCAGCCGAAGAGGUUUUCUCUGGGGCUCAGGAGCGUGUGGCGCGGAUGGGUGGUAUUAAGGCUUGGAGGGAGCGAAUGAAGAAUAACAAUGCGCAGUGGGAGCAAGAGGAGAUGGAAACCUGGUACGGCAGCGCAGAGGCUGAAGGGGCUGAUGUAGAUGAAGAUGAGCUGGAGGCUCGGAAGGCUGAGAUGCUAAGGGGCCGCAAGAAGAGUCACAAUGAGGAGCGGGAAAAUAAAGAGGUUGAAGAUGAGGAAUUCACCAUGGACUUUAUGUUGAAGACGUUGAAUAUUGACCUCAAGGUUAUCGGAUAUGAUAAAGCCCAUCAGAUAUGGAUUAAGGAAUAG